AUGGCCUCUGCUUCAGCUCUGGCUAGCGCUGCUGCUUCAGAAGCACGGGAUCGAUGUGAGAGUCUGGAUGAGUGUGACACUCUGGAUCUAGUCUUGUGUGAAACUUCAGACAUCUUUGUGUUGCUAGACAAUGAAAAUUGUCAAAAAUGUCCUGAUGAAGAAUGGCCUGACAACUCAAGAACAAACUGUGUCCCUAAACUUUAUGACUUUCUGUCUUAUGAGCAUGAUACUUUAGUCAUUAUUUUUAUAGUAGUUAUUUUACUUUUUUCUUUAUUAACACUAUUCAUUUUGGGAAAAUUUCUCUCCUGUUGGGACACUCCUAUUGUCAAAGCCAAUAACAGAACUGUGAGCUUCAUUCUUCUGAUCUCCAUCUUGUUGAGCUUCCUCUGCGUGUUUCUCUUUCUUGGACGUCCAGAGAACAUCACCUGCAUGCUCAGACAAACCUCAUUUGCAAUCUUCUUUUCGAUCACUGUGUCUUGCGUAUUGUCUAAGACUAUAACCGUUUUCAUUGCUUUUAAAACCACUAAGCCCAAUAGUUUUUGGAAAAAGUGGAUGGAUAUAAAAAAAGCCAAUUAUGUGGUUUUUAUUUGUUCCUCGUUUCAAGCUCUUAUUUGCUGUUUUUGGUUAUCUGGUUCUCCUCCUCAUCAGGAGUUCGACUAUCACACUUAUCAUGAGAAGAUCAUCGUUCUGUGUAAUGAAGGGUCAGAUAUCUGGUUCUACUCUGUCUUGGGUUAUAUGGGGUUCCUGGCAGUGGUGAGCUUUGUUCUGGCUUUCAUGGUGAGGACAUUACCGGACACUUUUAAUGAAGCUAAAUCCAUCACCUUUAGCAUGCUGGUGUUCUGCAGUUUGAAUGGUCAGGAAAGAAGGGUCACAGACAUUGUCUAUGAGUUCAAACUGCAUUUCUCUCAGAUGAGCAAACAUGGAAUAUCGUCCAUAUCGACAAUGGAAUAUUAUCCGGGAGAUCCUUAA